UGAUCCUCUGUUCUCACAGACUCAAGACUGAGGCAACAGCAAGGUGUCCAAUUUCGGCACGUGAGGCCAGCAAUUCAGCGCACUGGACGGACGCCAGGCAGGGCAAGACCUUUGGCAUGAAGACCCCCCAACAAACCAGGGCAGGUGCUGGUCAGGCUACUGGUUCUGCAAGCAUGACCAAGAAAAAAGCCUCCCAAAAGAAGCAGAGAGGUAGACCUUCAUCUCAGCCUCGAAGGAACAUCGUGGGCUGCAGGAUUUCACACGGAUGGAAGGAAGGGGAUGAACCCAUCACUCAGUGGAAAGGAACUGUGCUGGAUCAGGUGCCUAUAAACCCCUCUCUUUAUCUGGUGAAAUAUGAUGGAAUUGACUGUGUCUAUGGAUUGGAACUCCACAGAGAUGAACGAGUUUUGUCUCUUAAAAUUCUUUCCAACAGGGUGGCAUCAUCUCAAGUUAGUGAUGCAAACCUUGCAAAUACCAUAAUUGGUAAAGCCGUGGAACAUAUGUUUGAGGGCGAGCAUGGUUCUAAGGAUGAAUGGAGGGGGAUGGUCUUAGCCCAAGCACCUAUCAUGAAGGCCUGGUUUUAUAUCACCUACGAGAAAGAUCCUGUACUGUACAUGUACCAACUUCUAGAUGAUUAUAAAGAAGGAGACCUCCGUAUCAUGCCAGAGUCCAGUGAGUCUCCUCCAGCAGAGAGGGAGCCAGGAGGAGUUGUAGAUGGCCUGAUAGGUAAACACGUGGAAUAUACCAAAGAAGAUGGCUCCAGACGGAUUGGCAUGGUCAUUCACCAAGUGGAAGCCAAGCCUUCUGUGUAUUUCAUCAAGUUUGAUGAUGAUUUUCAUAUCUAUGUCUAUGAUUUGGUGAAAAAGUCCUAACUGCUAAUGUAAACUUUGCCACGUUUGUAGAAGGAAAUGUAUAAUUUGUAGACAUGGAAAAUAAUGAUGCUUUUCAGUGUAUUGAAAGCUUAAGGGUCCCUGUUAACCCAACAUAUUUACCAGCAUGAUUGUUUUGUUCUGAAAAAUAUAUACAAAUUGAUGUGGCUGUGACAUGCUGUGUGUAAGGAC